AUGAACCACGAUGUGCUUGUCUUCGAAUCACGUCCUCCGUCCAAAAUAUUACCCCUACUUGUCUGCCUUCGACCAUCAGUCAAUUAUCCAACUUCACUCUCAACUACACACUUUGUUCAAAAAGCAUUCUCUGCCUACCUGAGAACCACAAUAAACAGCUCAUCUACUGGCUAUCGUCUACUUCUUCCUGCUUAUGCUCGAAUCACCAAAAACUUCGCGGAUUCAGUAUCAUCAUUUGUAUUGCUUGAGACACUUGGUACCGAACUUUGA